AUGAAACCCGUCUUAAUCACGCUUACAGAACAGGAAAUUCCUGGUCAACCUAAUCAUAAGUUUGACGCGGAGUGGUGCCUUGAUCUUCACGGUUUUCUCUCUCGCGACGAAUUUACCGCUCGACUUAAAGAAAUCAAUAAUUAUAUCCGCGACUACCCACUAUUGAGCGAAAGAGCAAAGACUUUCAUUAAGUAUGCCUGUGGUGGAAUGGGCCUGAUCGUAGCUCUACUUAUCCUCGUAACUAUUUCUGCUUUUCAAAUGGGCGUCAUAAUCGAAAUAUGCCUCUUUAUCGGAUAUUUUAUAGCCAAAUUGGUGAUCGAAAACAUAGCAAGGGGUCGCGCCGAAAGAUUUACCAUUGCCUUAAACAAGUUGUUGAAACAAUACAACGAAAAAGAGAACCCAACUGCCAAUUGGAACCUUGUGUGGCGCUCCGUCGUCACCCAUUACACAAUAACGACGCAUUCAUCCUGGAAUGGGAGAGUCAAGGGGGAAGCCACGCCGGUAUAUGCCGAGUAUGCUGAGAUAGUGCUCGAAAUCCAUGACGCCCUUUCUGACCUUACAGCCAAAACCGUCCGUGUGAACCUUGCUCCCGACAUCGUUUCUGUUCCUUACACCCUGCCACAAUCGCAUGGUCCUUCAGUUGUCAACUCUCCUCAUAUGACGGUUGUAGAUGCCGGUACUUCGGUAUAA